CGUAUCCACUGCAAAAAUAGAGCGCUCCAAAAUAGCUUGCGAUGGGCUGCACCUCGAGCACCGUCAAGCGAGAGCUCGCUGCGCUCAAGGAGGCCGAGAAGGCGCAUGCAGACGAGCUCCUCAAGCUCCAGGACGAGCGGCGUAUGCUACAGUACAAGGUCACGGUCCUUGAAGAAAUGGUCGCGACGGCCCACAUUGAAGCGCACGAGAAGAGCCAAGUAGCAGCCAAGUGCGAGGAGCGCAUGAAAGCGAUGAAGUGGGAAAUGGUGCGUCAGUCGCUGCCACACUCACCGCGCCAGCCCGUGUCGUGGGAGCUAAAAGAGGGCAGCGUGCGGUCACCGACAAACCAAGAGACGCCCGACACACCCGACCCCGUCGGCCUCGAGACGAAGCCAAGCUUGAUCCCAAAGCCCGAGACAAAGGCCGAGUCCAAGAUCGACGCGACGGCAACAUUCAAAAAGGCAGUGUCACGAACGUCGACACUGGAGAAGAUCAAGAAGCCGACCACAAACGAGCCGUUGACACAACGGGAGACGAAGAAGCCGUCCCUCUCGCGCGGCUCGUCGGCGUCCGACAUGUCAUUGGAUGGGCCUGCCUCGGGCAUUCCAAAACCCAAUAGCAUCGCCAAGCGAAGCGACGACGAAGGCAAGGCCCUGCCCAAGGGCGAGUUGCGCAAACCGUCGUCCAACAAAUCUAUCGCAUCGCUCAAAUCCAUGAGCUCGAUCGGGAAGGGCUCGAUGUGCGAGAGCAAGGCGCCGCGCAGCGAGAAGGAGCCCGAGAGCGAAGACGACGACUUCAUCAAGGAAAUUCAUGACAACGACGACGUGGUUUCAGUUGGGUCCAGCACCAGAAGCCACCGGAAAUGAUUGGCCUCCAUCGUCAAGUUCAUGUAUUCAACAAUGAAUGUGUCGACCCUCCCUC